GCCUAGUACGCUGCUGAUGCGAAACGAAAUUUCCCAUACAAAAAUGACAUGACGAAAUCAUAAACGAAAAAUUUCGCUGUGCUUUUCGUUUUUCAGUACGCUGCUGAACAACGAAAUGUGUCAUUUUAGUGGAUAGCUGUACUAGAUUUUUUAGUACAAUUCUCCACUCUUUUCGUUCUCAAUUUAAUUGCCCGGUAUAUUAAUUGCUUGCGAAAUUUUGACGUUUAAUUUAUUUAUUGGAAAAAAUUGUUUACAAAUCAAAAUUGAAAAUUGUUUACUCGUGACUUUCGGUGUUUUUCAUUUUAAUAUAGAUAGUUUUGAUUUAAAAUUUAAAAAAAAAAUGGAUUUUUCUGAGUUUUUGCAGCAAUACAUUUCUGAGCCGGAAACUCAGGAUGUUGAAGAAUGUAUUGUUGAUGUGAAAGAAGUGAAGACAAGCAGUGAACUUCAACUUUCAAAAAAUAAACAAAAAAAAAAAAAAAUUGAAUUUUCUUCGGAGGAAAAAAAGAAACUGGCUUCGUUGGUCGAAACCAGUGAAGCCAUUUGGAAGUUGGAGCAUAGGCUUCACAAAAAUAAUUCCGCCGUUGCGAGCCUCUGGAGCAGUAUAGCUGCAGAAAUGAAUAAACCAGUUGAAGAUUGCAAGGCAAUGUGGCGUUCCUUACGUGAUAGCAUGCGCUACCACGUCACAAGCUGAAACAAGAGGAAGUCGGGUAGUGAGGCCGAUCUUGGCGUUCCAGAAGGCGAGACAUUACAGGAAGAAUCCCAGGAGAUAGACUGGGAAUUCGCAAAAAGUAUGUCCUUCUUGACGCCUCUGUCGUCGCAAAAAAG